GUAGGCAGGCCUGCCUCCUGUGUCACCGUGGACUGGCCCCUUGAGCCCCGUGGUGCCCAGGGAUGCAGCGGUCAUCAGACUGGACCCAAGCGUGUCCUAAGAAGCUUUAGCCAUUCCUUCACCAGGCCCCGCACCAGGCUGGUGGUGAUAGGCCCAUGGGGCCCAGGCUGGGGGUUGUCAAAAUCAAGGGCUUUGCUUUCUCUUGGGGCUGCCCGGCAGGGUCCUCAGGAGACUUUGGGCCAGGUCCCAUCCUGGGGUGGGUGUGGACGUGACCCCAGAGGCCAGACCCCAGAGGCACGGUUGGGGUCCAGGUCCUUGGGCCUGCACGUCAGGUGCCUUGACUCGGCUCAGAUUACAGACCUGGGUUCAGAUCCUGCCUGCCCCCCUCAUGAGCCUGCCCUCUGGUAAGUUCCUAGAAGCUUCCCCCAAGUGUUGAGAGGUUGAGAAAGCAGGUAUGGGCGGCUACACAAGGACUCUGUGGGCACGUGACUGUCCCCUCUCCAAGGUGCUGAACCGGCAGGCACCUCGGCCCUGCUGACUGCCGGGACUGAGGGUCUGGUGGUGGGACGGGAGCCACCACAACAGGAUGCAGGCUGGGGGAGGGGGCCUCCAGCCCCCUCCUAACUCGGGGGGUCGGCCCCUGCUCCUUGCAAAGGCCGGCGUCACCUCCCCCGCCCCACACCUGCCCUCGGCAGGGACGUGGUCAGGGAAUGUGUUAACCUGGGAGACUGGGGCCGGCGGGCUGGGGGCCAGCGUGGGUGUGGGAACCCUGGUGGUGGUUCAAGGAUACUCCCAACCCCGCUUCUACCCUGGGUACCCACCUUGGAGUCCCCACUCGGCAGGGGCUAAGACUGAAGUCAUAAUAGGGGUGGGAACAGGGGUCCAGCUGUGCCACCAACUCCUCGAGUGGCCUCAGGCCAGUCACCCGCCCUCUCUGGGCUUCCCGUGCUCCACCCUCACAAAGCCCCUAGACUGAGCAUCUUUGGGGUUCAUCCCUGGUCAGCAAGUCUGAUCCCAAGCUAACCUCCCCGUUCCACCCCCCGGUCUUCCCCCUCCCGCGGAGGCCCGGCGGAGUCAGGACUUGGCUGGGCUGCAAGAAAGUACCAGGCAAAGGAGGACUGGCGAUGGCCAGCUAUGGAGCACUGUCCUGUCACCUGCUUUAAUUCCUUUAACCUUGACGAGGAAGGCAGGAAGGAAGAUACUGUUAACUCCACACAAGAUGAGGUGCCACGCCCGAGGCCUUAUCAGGCAGCUGGCCUCCCAGGAGCCACUCCGCUCCGUGGGCCUCUGCAGCCCAGCCGGAGCGCCCUGGGGCUCCCAGCAGGGGCAGCUGCCUGGACCUCCACUCUCAGUGGCCCUCCUCCCCAUGGCUCAUCUUACUGACCAAGCUCCAGGAAGGUCCAUCGUGAGGAUGAGCCAUGGAAUGAAGGUGGGCAGGGAAGGCGGGUGGUUCCAGCGCUGGGGGUACUGGACCUGGGUCACACUAACUCUGUGACUUGAGCUACUCACAACUCGUGACUCGUUCACCGUGUCUGUAAAAUGAGAGCAAUGGUCCUCACCUGUUACAAGGCUUCAUUAAGGAGCACACGUCACGUCGUUCUCACUGAGCUGGUGGAAAUCAGGAUUUCUUCUCAGGGCAGAGGAAGAAGAGAGGGCCCAGGUUGCAGAAGUAGCUGCAAGAAUGCCUGACCUCGACUAGAAGGUGUCUGCAUGUCAGUCCCUCCACUUCCCCAACUUUUAGCGAAGUCUGCGUGCACGUCCCCACCUGGAAAGGGUGGGCGUUGAGGACAAGCACUGAACCCCACAGCUGGGCGGAUGUGAUCUGGACACAGACUGACCCACAGAAGCAAAAGCAGGCGUUCGGUGGGGAUGUGACCUGAGUCCUCCAAAGUUCCCGAAAUCUGGAAGAGGGCCGUGAACAGGCCCAGUCUGUGGCACGGAGAAUAAAAUCAGUCCUAUCUAGAGUUCUGAAAUUCAGCAUUUCAGGAGGCAAAGGUAGGUGUGUGUGUGUGCCGCCCCCAUCUCCACCUAGAAGCCGUCACUGCCGAGGUCAUUGUCACAGAGACCCUGGGUGACCUCGGAAGUCACACACGGCGGGGGAACCGCGGAGGUUCGGGGUGAGGGACAGAGCCGGGACUCGCUCCCAGAGCUGGCUGUCAUCCAGGUUCAGCCCCUGGCUCCUGGAGCACCCUGUCCUCCCUGCCCGGAAGUCUGGGCAGGCAGGAGUCAUGGGGUCUGUUCCCAGAAUGCCAGGGGCAGGGCGGCUGGGGGCAGGGCCGGCCGUUGGACAAACAGAUCAAAGGUGAGGCGCCCUGGGGCUCCAGACCGGCCCGCCGAGCGCACCAUGAGGCUGCUGGUCAUCCUGGGCCUGCUGUGGGGCUCGGCAGCCGCCACGUCCUCGAGCCCGCAGUGGCCCAAGCCCGUGUUCGGGCGCCUGGCAUCUCCUGGCUUCCCAGGCAAGUACGCCAACAACCAGAAGCAGCGCUGGGCCCUGACGGCGCCCCCCGGCUACCGCCUGCGCCUCUACUUCACUCACUUCCACCUGGAGCCCUCCUACCUCUGCGAGUACGACUUCGUCAAGCUGAGCGCCGGGACCACGGUGCUGGCCACGCUGUGCGGGUCGGAGAGCACGGACACGGAGCGGGCGCCCGGCAACGACACCUUCUACUCGCCGGGCUCCAGCCUCGACGUCACCUUCCGCUCCGACUACUCCAACGAGAAGCCGUUCGCGGGCUUCGAGGCCUUCUACUCAGCAGAGGACAUCGACGAGUGCCAGGUGCCCCCAGGAGAGGCCCCCCCCUGCGAGCACCACUGCCACAAUCACCUGGGUGGCUUCUACUGCUCCUGCCGUAUGGGCUACGUUCUCCACAGGAACAAGCACACUUGCUCAGCCCUGUGCUCAGGCCAGGUCUUCACCGCCCGGUCUGGGGUGCUCAGCAGCCCUGGAUACCCUCAGCCGUACCCCAAACUCUCCAGCUGCACCUACAGCAUCCGCCUGGAGGAGGGGUUCCGUGUCACCCUGGACUUCGUGGAGUCCUUUGACGUGGAGUCGCACCCUGAGACCCAGUGCCCCUACGACUCCCUGAAGAUUCAAACAGACAAGGAGGAAUAUGGCCCAUUUUGUGGGAAGACGUUGCCCCACAGGAUUGAAACCAAGAGCAACACAGUGACCAUCACCUUUGCCACCGAUCAGUCGGGGGACCACACGGGCUGGAAGAUCCACUACAACAGCACAGCUAGCCGCCCUGACCCGACGGCGCCACCUAACGGCCACAUCUCCCCUGUGGCAGGCCAAAUAAUCCUGAAAGACCACUUCUUUGUCUUUUGCGAGUCGGGCUACGAACUUCUGCAAGGUUAUUGGCCCCUGAAAUCAUUUGUUGCAGUCUGUCAGACAGAUGGAUCUUGGGACAAACCGAUGCCGGAGUGCAGCAUUGUUGACUGUGGCCCUCCUGAUGAUCUGCCCAGUGGCCAAGUGGACUAUAUCACGGGUACUGAGGUGACCAUAUACAAAGCUGUGGUUAAAUAUCGCUGUAAUGAGUUCUACACAAUGAGAACAAAUGAUGGUAAAUAUGUGUGUGAGGCUGAUGGAUUCUGGACGAGCUCCAAAGGAGAAAAAUCACUCCCCAUCUGUGAGCCUGUUUGUGGAAUAUCCACCCGUACCACAGAAGGUCGUAUAUAUGGAGGACAAAAUGCAAAGCUUGGUGAUUUUCCUUGGCAAACCCUGUUAUUAGGUAAAACUACAGCAGCAGGUGCACUUCUAUAUGACAACUGGAUCCUAACAGCUGCUCAUGCUGUAUAUGAGCAAAGAGAAGACGCCUCCUCCUUAGACAUUAGAAUGGGUGCCCUGAAGAGACUGUCACCUCAUUAUACACAAGCCUGGGCCGAGGCCAUUUUUAUACAUGAACGUUACACUCAUAAUGCUGGUUACGAUAAUGACAUAGCAUUGAUUAAACUGAAGAACAAAGUUGUAUUAAAUAGCAACAUCAUGCCUAUUUGUUUGCCGAGAAAAGAAGCUGAAUCCUUCAUGAGAACCAAUGAUAUUGGAACUGCAUCUGGAUGGGGAUUAACCCAAAGGGGUUUUCUUGCCAGAAAUCUUAUGUUUGUUGACAUUCCAGUUGUUGACCAUCAAAACUGUACUGCGGCAUAUGAAAAGAAGUCCUAUCCGGGGGGAAGGGUAACUGACAACAUGCUUUGUGCUGGUUUAGAAAGUGGGGGCAAGGACAGCUGUAAAGGCGAUAGUGGGGGGGCAUUAGUGUUUCUACAUAAUGAGACACAGAAAUGGUUUGUGGGAGGAAUAGUGUCCUGGGGUUCCAUUAAUUGUGGGGAAGCAGAUCAGUAUGGGGUCUACACAAAAGUCAUUAACUAUAUUCCCUGGAUCAAGAACAUAAUUAAUAAUUUUUAACUUGUGUGUCUUCAGUGAGUACAUGAUUCCUUGUUCUAAAAAAUACCUGUAGAAGACCUCAACAUCAAACUGACCUGAGAAACAUUAACACGACAGUUGCCGUUCCACCUCAAAACCAAACCAAACCAAACUACAGGUGAGAUGUGCCUUUCAGGCACUUCUCCACUUGCCACUUUUCCACCACUUACUCUUUGAUUGAAGGGGACAUAAACCAUUGUAGUGAUAUUCAUCGUUGCCAAUCCAAUAGAAACUCACUGGUUAAAUUUGGAUUUACUUACAAAAGUCCAGUGUCUGUUUGUACUGGCCAUUUGCAUUUCUGGAAAUUGUCUGUUCAUGUUCUUUAACUGUUUUUCUCCAGUUUUUUGUACUUGUUCUUAUUGUUCUCUGAGAGCGUUACAUAUUAUAGCAGUAUUGUUUCAGGAAUUACUUUGAAUCAUGUUUUUCUUGGGUAGAUAAAUUGGAAAUAUCAAUACUUUGGCCUAGGUAUAGACUGAUUUCCAUGUUAAAACCAAUGCUAUAAUUUUUCACUUCUCAAACUGGCAGACAAAAAGAACAUGGAACAGCACUAUUUCACACUGUUGAAGACAACGAAUUUUCUGAAGGACAAUUUGGCAAUAUAUUUCACAAGUCUUAAAAGCAUGCAUAGUCUCUGACCUGGUAAUUCCAAUGCUAAGAUUUUAAUUUAGCUGUAAGGAUGUUCCUAGCACUUGGAAAUAACCUAAAUAUUUUAUUUUCAAAUUCAGAAGACAGUUGAAUCAAAUAUGGCAUUUCCAUAAGAUGAAAUACAACAUUAAAAAUAAGUGGCGGUAUUAUUGAUAAAUCAACCUGUAGUGUUUUUUUCCUUCUUACCACGAACGUGGAAUACUUGGGCACACUUAAAAAUAGAUUACAGAUCGUACAACAGCUAAGUACAGAACUUAAAUACACAGUUAAGAGUUACUCUCCUAGUAUUCAACAACAAAAAAUUAUUCUAAUUAUCACAUACAUCUUCUGAAUUACUAAGUACUCAACAUCUUUUUCCUAAGGACAGCAUUUAAGUGCUGACUUAACCUUAAAAAUCUCAUUUAGCUGGCCAUUCCUCCCUAAAAAGUUUUAAUACUUAGUAUUUAACAAAGUUUUUCAUUCUAGCCAAACAGUUACCAUUGUAUGUAGAAAUUCAUUGUGAGUUUUGACUAACUUCUCUUGUGCAUAUGAAGUGCAACUUCUUGAGACUCACUUUUUAAAGGUAACUUUCCAGCAUCUUUGUCACAUUUAAAAAAAAAAAAAAAAGAAACUGUGUUUUUCCAGUAAGACUCCAGACACUAAACUGUGGUGGCAACAAAAAUUUUUAUUCAACUGGUUCAAAAAAUUUUUUAGAAUGAAUGCAUUUAGAUGACCAAAUAGACUUUAAAAACAAAUUUUUGCCAAAUAGUUUACUUCUAAACUUCAUUUUUUUUUUUUUUUUUUAGGGUAGAAUUAAAUACCCAUAGCUAUGUAGUACCAUAAACAUGUUAACAGAAGGCUAGUCAACAUUGAAAGCCUUCUAAGACUGGUAACUAGAUUUACACAGGUGUAAAUAAGGGAUCAAAACCAUGCCAUUGACAAAGAUAACUUACCCCUGGGCUCCUUGAAGGCUUGUCAGUUUAGUCUUUGGAGGUCCCCGAAUACCAUUUUAAGUGUUACCAUGUUACUGCUGCUGAGUAAUAGUGCAAGUGCUAAAAUGCAAAAUUCAGAUGGUACAGGGUUUGGAAAUCAUGCAAUUUAGAUGCAGAAAAAAA